UCCGGGACAGCGCGGUGAUGAUGACCUCGGAACUCAUGACCGGUUAUGUUUUGCAACAUAUUUUUGCCAACGUAUUAAACCCGAACAUCACUCGAGAUAUAAUUUACCUACUAAUGCGACAACACAACUGUCGUCAACCGUGAUCUCUGUUUAACCCCAAAUUUGAUAUACACGUAACAUUAGGCCUAUUAGAUGGGUGUCGUUUUCUCCGGAGUUCAAUGACGCACCGGCUCACAAGCUGACGCGCGCUCUUUUACGUCACUGCUUUUUGGAAGAGCGAGUGUACAUUGAUUGUUUUUUUUCCCCACCCGUGUUUAUUCAAAACCCGUUUUCACGGGCUAAAUUAUUCCCGAGCGAGCGAGCCGUCUCUCAAUCAGCCCGGAAGGCCACGCGAGGUGAGGGGUGGAGCCUGACAAGAGAAAACACUCGCGCUGAGUUUAGCCUGUUAGCUAGUCGCCUGACGGCUUUAAUUCAACACAUUUAACAACAUUCAUGAUGGAGUCUUCACUCGGGAUAUCCGAUAGCCAGUGUUUGGCCACUGUUAGAGGACAUGAGCUCAGAAACGGACAAAAAGAACCAAGACUCCUGUCUCUGUUAGAGUGUUCUGGACAGUUUAAGUUGGAUAUUCUGGCAAAUCCUGAAGCAAUUGUAUUAAGUCCAGUGCCCCAGCUCUCUAUCCCCAUUAAUAACCAUUUUCAGAUAGUUCGAGAGGCUGAAGAAGCGUUUCUCAUUGACAUCUCGAUUAACACGACGGUACGGAUUCGUCUUCAAGGCGAGCAAACGCCGGCGCUUCUCCUGGAGCUGCAGGAUGAUGUUCACACUCAGUCCUUCUUACAGCAUGUGACGAAGGCCAAACAGCACGCUGAGAGGAAGAGUUCACUGCCCAGAAAGAUGGAGCCUGUUGUACCUGUUCCAGUCCCACCUCAAAGAGGAACCUCCAAAUCCACCUCAAAUAACAUCAACAAUAGCACUUUAGUAAAGCCCUCAAAAACAGACUCCGCUCUCUCACUGGCCACAGAUUUUGGCUUUGAAGAGAAGAAGAACAAGCAAAAUCGUAUAGUUGCACAACGAGAGCCACCUGCUCCACCACUGCCCCCUCGGAAGGGCACAUAUACACCAUCGUGUAACCUCACGGCAGGCCCAACUACCAAAGAAAGGCCACCAUCCACACAGAACUCCACAUCAGUCAGAAAUGAUUACAGACUUCAGUCUGUAGACCGCUCCGGUUCCUGCUCUGACAGCCCAUCCAACUACACCAUGAGACAGGCCAUGAUGAGCAGCCACGCAGGGUCAAGGGAAGGCCUGCUCAAGUAUCGUCUCAACAAGAAGGAGAAAGAAUACGUGGACAUUAAGAACUUUAGGUUCUUCAUUGGCACUUGGAAUGUGAAUGGUCAGUCUCCUGACAGCAGUCUUGAGCCCUGGCUGUGCAGUGACCCAGACCCUCCAGAUGUCUAUGCACUGGGAUUUCAGGAGCUGGACCUGAGCACAGAGGCCUUUUUCUAUAUGGACUCUUCCAAAGAACAGUUAUGGGUUGAUGCAGUAGAGAGAAGUCUCCAUCAUAAAGCCAGAUACAUACGGAUCCGUACCAUUCGCCUAGUGGGAAUGAUGUUAGUGGUGUAUGUCAACAAGGAGCACAAACAUCACAUUCGAGAGGUGGCUUCUGAGUCUGUGGGAACUGGCCUCAUGAAUAAAAUGGGGAAUAAAGGAGGAGUGGCUGUGCGCUUUGUGUUCCAUAAUACUAGCUUCUGCUUCGUAAACUCUCACUUGGCGGCUCAUGUGGAUGAUUAUGAGCGGCGGAACCAGGACUACAAAGACAUAUGUGCCCGCAUGAGUUUCCACCUGCUGGACUAUCCACCUCUAAGAAUAGUCAAACAUGAUGUGGUGAUUUGGCUUGGAGAUCUCAACUACAGGCUAUGUUUUCCUGAUGCUGGGGAGGUAAAAAGACUUAUUGCUGAGAAGGAGCUGCGGAGGCUUCAAGAGUAUGAUCAGCUGAACAUCCAGAGAAAGACUAAAUGUGCCUUCACUGACUUUAUGGAAGGGGAGAUUAAUUUCUGCCCAACUUACAAGUAUGAUGCUAAAUCAGACCGAUGGGACUCAAGUGGGAAGUGUCGAGUCCCGGCCUGGUGCGACCGUAUCCUCUGGAGGGGGAGCAACGUGAAGCAGCUUCACUACCGCAGUCACAUGGAGCUGAAGACCAGUGACCACAAACCUGUCAGCUCUCUCUUCAGUAUCGGGGUGAAGAUGGUGAUUGAGCAGCGCUACAAGAAGGUGUUCGAAGAGAUUGUGCGGGACAUGGACAGGAUGGAAAAUGACUUUCUGCCCUCUUUGUCCCUAACACAACGGGAGUUCACUUUUGAGAAUGUGAAGUUCCGUCAGUUUCAGCGUCAGAGUUUUCUCAUCACUAAUGACGGACAGGUUGCUUGCACCUUCGCCUUCAUUCCCAAACUCAAUGAUUCUCAAUACUGUAAGCCAUGGCUACGUGCUGAGCCCAGCGAAGGGGUACUAGACCCUAAUGAGGCAAUGGAGAUCUUUCUGGAGGUGUAUGUCAGUAAAGACUCUGUGACGCUGCUAAACUCUGGUGAGGAUAAAAUCGAGGACAUCCUGGUGCUUCAUCUGGACCGGGGGAAAGACUACUUCAUCACUGUGGCGGGAAACUACCUGCCCAGCUGUUUCGGCACAUCUUUAGAGACCCUGUGCCGUAUGAAGAAGCCCAUCCGUGAGAUCCCCAUCACCAAACUCAUCGAUCUGGGAGAGGAUAGCUGCAUGGAAAAGGAGAAAUGCCGGAUUAAUUUCUUGUUGGACAGUGCUGGAACAGAGGAUAAACCUCUGAAGAUUCCCAAAGAGGUCUGGUUACUUGUUAAUCACCUCUACACCAAGGCCUGCCAGCAGGAGGACCUUUUCCAGACCCCUGGCCUGCAGGAUGAUCUACUAUAUAUAUAUAUAUAUAUAUACACACGCACACUAUCUCAGCUCCCACGUGCCCAUCGCAAUGUGUUCCGCUACCUGAUGGCCUUCUUGAGAGAAUUACUCAAACACUCGAUUGACAGCAACCUGAAUGCCAACCUCCUAGCUACUCUCUUCGCAAGCCUCCUCAUUCGGCCGCCUCCCAACCUUGCUGGCAAACAGACGCAACACGAUCGUCAGAAAGCCAACGACUUCAUACUGGGGUUCCUGAUGGGAGGCGAUGAAGACUGA